GUCAACCUGCUGGGAAACCGGAAACACUUUAGAUCGGCGUGGGACGUGCCGUAUGUGGUCUUUUGGAGUCACAUUGAAAACGCGAAUCCCGGUCACAGGAAUUUAAGGUAAAAUAUUAACGUUUGGAAAGAAAUACGCGGAUUUGUUGGCGUUGUUAGAUAAAUGAUGGCGGAUUAGGUUUGCUGAAAACAUGACAGUGGAUAUAUUGUCACAUUUAGGAUAUAGGAGGAGAUAAAUUGCUAGUUAGCAUUAGCAUCAGAGCUAGAAAAUAUCGACGAGGGGAAGACGGUUUUGUAUCGAUGUAGUUAUAUUUAAAGAGGAAAUAACAGCUGUAAGAAGAUUAUGAUAAAAAUCAGCUACAAACACUGGCUCAUAGUAGAUUAUUGUCAGUUUAUAUGUUCACUUUGGUGGUUAAUUUACGCACAUUUCUGAUGGUGCUGGUCCGGAGCAUUGAUCCAGACCAGUAGGAACAUCACAAUCUCUUGUACACUCAAACAAAAAUCUGUAAUCUAUGUUUGUAGAGUCAUGAAUCAGACCUUUUUUCUUCCAUUGUGGUGACAUUAAUAGUUCUGACUGACAUGAUCUUACAGGACCAGUGACCAGAAGACCCAUCCCUCAUGUCUUUAUCCUGAUGAUCAUCCAACAUGUUUACCUCAAAGAUCAGCCCAAGUUUAAGUUUAUUCCGCAGAGCAACAUGUGAGUAUAUAUGACAAACUGAUCACUUUAUUUAACUGGGUGUUUAUAUGAUGUCUCUGAAAAUGUCUGUACAAAGGAAGUCAGGUGCAAAUAUGACUUAGCAAAAGGCUUCUCAUCUUUUUUUUUUAGAGUUAGGUGUUCCUUAUAACAAACUAAAAGUUUGACCACUAGAAAGGUGUCAUGAAGCACAGGGAGACACCACUGGUGAAUAGGGUAAAAUUUUGAACUAACAGAUAUCACCAUGACACUUCCAGAGUUUAUAACUUACAUAAUUAAUUUACCUUAUUGAAAUAUUACAUGGUCAAAACAUCUAUCAGGCACCAGUACUCCUGGUCUAGAAGGAAUAUAAAGGAGUCAUGGUCAUUUUAAGGACCUGAAAAAAAAAAUGAAUUUUUAGGGGUGGUGACAGUAUUUUCUCAUUUACAAAGUGAUAAAAAAAGACAUCCAAAGUCGAAAAUGACACCUUUCUAGUGGUCAACUUUUAGGAUGUUAUUAAGGACAUCUAAUACAAUAAAAUAACAGCUGAGAAACCUUUUUGUUAGGAUUUUUUUUAAGGGUUAGUUUUUUUUUUCAUAAAUGCACCUGCCUAAAUCUCCCUUUCCCUGAUUAGGUGUACUUCAAGUCCAUGGAGAGAGUUUGAGUAAAUGUGCACCGCGGGUCCUUCCUCACUACUCUUCAUCACUAAUAAAGGAACAGAGAAAAUAUUCAACAGCCGCCGAUAACACGCCUCCUCCCCGAUGGGUCCAACUCGAGCCUGAACUUGAGGAGGCUCUGGUGCCCCGUAAGCUGUCAGUAAGUCCUCUAGAGAGCUGGCUCUCCCUGCGCUACUCCCUCCCUCCCCUGCUGGAAUCCGCUCCGCCACAGGAAGAUGUGGGGAUAGUGGAAGAGAAGGUGUUGCCACCCAUCUCUGUCCCUGUUUUAGAGGAGGGGGAGGGUUCAGUGACACCCCUUCAGUGUAAGAAUGUUCUGAAAACCCGGAGGCGGAGAAUGAACCGGCAUAAAUACAGAAAGCUGCAAAAAAGGACGAAGUAUUUGAAGAGGAAAGUGUUGGAAAACCGGGGAAAGAGAAAGCAGGUGAGACUUGAACUUAAAAGACACUUAAGAUUUAACUAUGUAACACGACAAGAGAAGGAAAUAAAGUCUGUGAUAGAAUUAUAAGAUGACCGAAUGUUGUAUUUAGUCCUUUGGAGACAGUGCAACAUGAAUUACCGUCUGUAAAGUCCGUCUUAUAUUUGAAAUCCUCUAAUUAGGACACAGUUUUCCAAAAGAAGCAGCAUACAAAUUCACUCAUUAUUGUGCAUUAUUACUCUCCUGCAGAAACAGUUUGAGAGGGACUUGAGGAGGAUUUGGAGAAACGCUGGACUGGAGAAGGCUCCAGAUGGAUGGAGUUCACCUAAGCUUUUCAUCAAGCAGCAUGGAAACAGAAGGGACUGAAAACCACUGACAGUUCUUUGAGUUUGUGUCGCAUCUCCUCGUCCCGGACUGCUCAGCACAGAUCACACCUCACACACACUCUGCUGUUAAAACAAACGGCACGCUCUCCUGAACGCAGCUCCUCUCAGUGAUGAGGACCUCUUCUGUGUAUCAUUUUUAAGAACGUGUACAUAAUCUAAUAAAAUGUUUCCCUGUCAAACCUGUGCUGUGCUGUCCUGCAUGUUCUGUGC